AUGGAGCGCUGGAAAGGACGAACCGCACUGGUCACCGGUGCAUCAUCCGGCAUCGGGUACGGUGUCGCCGAUGCGCUGGCCUACAGCGGAAUGACCGAAUUGGCGAAGAAACAUGCAAAUGGUCCUGGAAACGUGAAUGCCAUUAAGUGCGAUGUUACUAACGAGAAUGAAGUCCGCGCAAUGUUCGAGCAUAUCAAGAAACAGUAUAAACAUAUCGACGUCUUGAUUAACAAUGCCGGACUGAUCAAGCUGGAUUCCUUGGUAGCGGGUCGAACAGAGAAAUGGCGUGAAAUGCUAGAAGUUAACAUCAUGGGAUUGUGCAUGUGUGCACGGGAAGCGUUGAAACUUAUGCAAGAAGAUGGAAUCAGUGAUGGAACCAUCAUCAACAUUAACAGUCGAGAUAUUAGUCCGGGUAUUGUGGCAACGGAAAUUUUUCAGCGAUCCAUGGCCGACGUCCAAGAUUUGUCGUCCGAUCAGCCUUAUUCGAAGCAACCGGAGUUUGAGAAACUGAGCCCAAAGGACAUUGCCGAUAGUGUUAUAUACGUCUUAUCUGCGCCGCCGCACGUUAAUGUUAAAACUCUAAUUGUAUGUGCAACACAGCAGCCGGAAUUGUAG